AUGUGGAAAUUCACGCAAAUCUUUGCAUUGCUGAUUCGGAUCGCAGAAAGCAAUGGCUCGCCUCUCGGUCAUUCCGCUCCUCAUGCCGUGGUGCUGAACCACACCGAGCAAAUAGAGAAUUGCUAUGAUUAUAUCAUCGUGGGCGGUGGUACAAGUGGUCUUGUCACCGCAAAUCGCCUUACCGAGAACCCACACAUAACUGUUCUGGUGAUUGAACGUGGCUACCUUGAUGGUCAAGACAACGGCACCACAGUACCAGGUCUGGCUGUACCCAACAAGUACCUCAAUACAGAUACGAGCAUCCCUCAACCCGGUCUCAACAAUCGCACAGCUCCUCUCUAUACUGGUGAUGUGGUUGGUGGUGGAACAGUGGUGAAUGGCAUGUUCUUUGCUCGUGGAGCCAGAGCCGACUAUGAUGCUUGGGAGCAGCUAGGCAACCCUGGUUGGGGAUGGAAUGGACUGUUGCCAUAUUUCAAGAAGAGCGAAACAUUUACACCACCAAUUGAAGAGGUGCAGGAGAUGUUCCCUGGACUCAUCUCGACUGACCUCGAGCCUCAUGGUAUUGACGGUCCCGUAGGAUCCAGUUUCUCGAACUAUCAAUAUCCAGUCAUCAAAAACUUCUUCGCUGGUUGGAACAGCAUUGGUGUUGCCUUGAAUCCCCAACCAAACAAUGGAGAAGCUACUGGUGCCUUCUACAGCACAAUCUCUGCAUAUGCGAAGAAUCAGUCCAGAUCACAUGCUUCAAAUGCUUACUACCGUCCUAUCGCCAAUGUGAGGAAGAAUUUGCAUUUGGUUACUGGAUAUUUGGUUACGAAAAUUAACUUCAAUCAAGAGUUGAGAGCUGUUUCUGUUGAUUUCAUGUCCAGGGCUACGAACGAGACUAGCACGGUCAAAGCAGGACGCGAAGUCAUCAUGGCAGCAGGUGCCGCUCGCACCCCUCAGAUUCUGCAGCUUUCGGGUAUCGGACCCGGGCCGCUGUUGUCGAGCUUGGGCAUCGAGACUAUUGUGGAUCUACCAGGAGUGGGUAGCAAUUUCCAAGAUCAGCCAACGCUGUAUAUGGAAUUCAGCUAUGGCAACUAUACUUUUCCAACCCCUGACUGGGUUUUCUCGAAUGCGAGUUGGGCUGCUGAGCAACUGGAAAUCUAUUACAAGAAUCGCACAGGUCCAAUGACAAUACCUUAUCUGGGCGGCAGCACCGUCGCCUUUCUCCCCUUCCAAAACGUCACAUCCCAGUACCGUUCCCUCAUCAACUCCACGUCGUCAACAAAUCUUUCAUCCACGCUUCUAUCCACUGACUAUACCAUCAUUUCUGGCUACACCGCUCAGACCAAGAUCCUGGAUGCACUCUACUCAUCCACUCACGCCGCAGUAGCAGAGAUAGCCUGGGAAGGCGGUGACACCAUCCCACUCGCCAUGAUUCGCCCAUACAGUCGAGGCGCCAUAUAUAUCAACACCACAGACCCUUUGGCAGCCCCUGUGGUCAAUUUCAACACAUUCUCACAUCCCAUGGAUAUGGCCGUGGCAGUUGCUUCAGUCAAAAAGAUACGCAAGUGGACUUCUUCGCCACCCAUGCAAGCUUUGGGAACUGUAGAGACUUUUCCAGGUAGGAAUGUCUCGACUGAUGCGCAGAUCGAAGAAGCAAUUAGAAACGCAGCGGCGAGUUCGUGGCAGCAUCCUUCAUCUACAACGGCGAUGAUGAAAAGAGAAUGGGGUGGUGUUGUAGAUGCUCAGUUGAGAGUAUAUGGUACAAAAGGCUUGAGGAUAGUUGAUGCGGGUAUCUUUCCUAUGGUUGUCGCUGGGCAUAGCAGUAGUAGUGUCUAUGCUGUUGCGGAGAAGGUGAGUCACUCUCCCGACCAGGAGUCAGAAAUCGAAAAUCUUACUGACUUUUGA